GCCCGGAGCCGCGUGUCUCACCACUGGGAUAAAAAAACGUCCAGAGUGACCGAGUGACGGAGGCAGAGUGACAGCCGGUUGUGUGGCUGCUUGGGCAUUGGUUCCUGCUUUGCCCUCUUCCUCUCCAAUUCUCUUGUUGCCCUCCCGUUUCCUCCCAUUUCUCUUCUCUCCCUUCUCCUCCCCCCAUAUCACCUAUCUCUUCCACAUCCCCCUUUUCCCUCCUCCUGCCCUGCCUGCAUGCAUUGCAUUGAACACACUCCAAUACUGCCGCAUCCUUCAUUGCCUUGUCUCUCCUUCUCGGCCAUCUUAUAAAACUCCCUCUUCUCUUCUUCCUUGGCUAGUCAUACUCAGCCAAUAUCUCCACGAACGCUUCUCACACACUGCUCACCGUAUUACAAUCUCCUCUGGUACUUUCACUGCUAUACCCUCCUCCUCCCUACUACAAACUCUCCUACGAAGCAGCUACCUAACUCGCAGCAACUAUGUCGAAUGCAAUGAAGAAGCUUAAGCUCCUGCACCACCUAACGGCUGCUUCAGCUAACGCUACCACACCCACCACUGCUUUACCCCCGACCUCCUGCAGCCAGCAGCAGGGCACAAUGCCCAUCUCAUCUCCUAUUCCUCAAACAAAUUUACCCUCUGCGAAAUACAACAACAAUUACGCCGAAAUGACUCAAGCAUUACGGUCUGCCCGACAUGCGUUGAACAUGCUCAAUUCCCCUUCAACACAGACUGCUCCGCAGACACUCCACCAGCCCGAACCAUUUAGAGCUUCACCUUAUGCUCUUCGCCAUUCCACGCCCAGGGCACCCGCAUGUCUAUUGCCUCAGGCGUUUAUGGUUCUGACGCCUAAUGAUCCGCACCCAGCAAUUUGCUUACCUGCGUCACCUCCUCCCCCCUCUCAGCCUACCUUUAGUAACCAUGGCCACAACCAUUACCAUCAUUCCUCUACUCUGCUCACACCCAUCCAGAUCAACCCACCAAUCCAGCAAGUUCUCCUCUCCGAACAAACCGUGCCCAGAGGCAACACAACCAUUUACUCUUCUCGCCCACCAAUUGCUCCGGCCCCGCCGGCCAUUCAGCACCGGGCCCACCAGAACUCGAUGCGCCAGCGAAAUUACCUGAAGCGUCCCCGUUUGACAACUGAGGCUGUCGCAAAGAUUGGCAAAGACUCCCGCCUUGCCCGCUGGGAACGCGUUGUCGACUAUGUGCGCGACCAACGAAAAACAAAUCCUCCGGCCAUGCCUGAUUCAACCCCCCACUCGGACCUUGCUUUAUUUAGUACGUCUGGUAUAAUCAAGGAAAUCGAGCGUAAAAACGAAAUCCUUGACCUUUUGGAUGUCGAGGAGCAGGCUUCGCGCAGCCUUUGGUCUGGUGGCAGUGGGGGAACAAACGGCGUUGACGAGUUUGUUUGGAGCGAAGACGAGGAUGAUGACGAUUUUCGCAAAGACGUCGAGAACCAAGCUGUGUUGGAUGAACACCGCCGUAGACUCGAUGCCCUAUACCCGGAUGAAGUCGACAAGGAGAUGAUCGCCGAGGGUGCCGAGGUUGGUGUAUUCGAAUUGGAGGACCACGGUGCAGGGGCUACGGUCAAAGAUUUUGAUAUGGGCAUUGCGGAAGACAUCAGGACUAGACCCCGCCCCCGCAGCUCGCCCAUUGGUACCGUAGAAGAGGUCGAUGGGAUGAAGCAAUAUCUGGAAUUGUUGAAAACCAGUGGGAUGCCAGAAUUGAAUAGAGAGGGCGAGCUGGAGGGCGGGAUCGAUAGACUGGUAGCGAGGGAUAUCAGAAGGUUCUCCGCAGUCUACUAAAAAAAAUUCUUUUUGGCUAGGAUUCAGGGGGUAGAUACCAUUCAUGCGUUCAUAGCCUGUGUUUUGGUUCUUGUGCUUCACGUUUCUUUUGUUCAUAGGCGUUUUGGAUGGGAGAGCGCCGGUGCACCAAGGGAAAAAGUACAAAGUCUAAAAGUUUUUAUUUGGGGGCUUUCACGGUUUGUCUUAUAGCUGUAUAUUUUACCCUCUCGAGUAUUUUAGCUUCUCUUCUCCUGCAUUUAACCUCUACUUCCCCAGUACAUAGCAGCAUACCUAGCAUAAUUGUCAGAAAUCACAUCGAGCUCUUGAGCUAAAUAAAGUUGGUGCAAUCGCUUCUCU